CCCGCGCCGCCUCCCUCUGCACGUGGCGUCCAGGCCUCGCUCGUCGCUCCCCACCCCCGGAUUCCCGCCGCCUGCAGCCAUGGCGCCCGCCCAGCUCGCCUUGUUUAGUGUCUCUGACAAAACCGGCCUGGUGGAAUUUGCCAGAAGCCUGGCUUCAGUGGGUUUGGAUCUGGUGGCUUCAGGAGGAACCGCCAAAGCCCUCCGGGAGGCCAAGCUGGCCGUCAGAGAUGUCUCGGAACUGACAGGCUUUCCUGAAAUGCUAGGCGGACGUGUGAAAACCUUGCAUCCUGCAGUGCACGCUGGAAUCUUGGCUCGUAAUAUCCCAGAAGAUAGUGCUGACAUGGCCAGACUUGAUUUCAAUCUUAUAAGAGUUGUGGUUUGUAAUCUGUAUCCCUUUGUGAAGACGGUGGCUUCGCCAGAUGUGACCGUUGGAGAGGCUGUUGAGCAAAUUGAUAUCGGUGGAGUGACCCUGCUAAGGGCGGCCGCGAAAAACCACGCCCGGGUGACGGUGGUGUGUGAGCCUGCGGACUAUGCCGCCGUGUCUGCCGAGAUGCAGAGCUCCGACAGCAAAGACACCUCCUUGGAGACGAGGCGCCAGUUAGCCUUGAAGGCUUUCACUCACACGGCGCGGUAUGAUGAAGCCAUUUCGGAUUACUUCCGGAAGCAGUACAGUAAAGGGGUCUCUCAGCUGCCCUUGAGGUAUGGAAUGAACCCCCACCAGUGUCCGGCCCAGCUGUACACAAUGAGUCCCAAGCUUCCCAUCACAGUUGUAAACGGAGCCCCUGGAUUUAUCAACUUGUGUGAUGCCUUGAAUGCCUGGCAGCUGGUGAAAGAGCUCAAGGGGGCUCUGGGUGUUCCCGCCGCCGCCUCCUUCAAGCACGUCAGCCCAGCAGGAGCUGCUGUUGCAAUCCCACUCAGUGAAGAUGAGGCCAAAGUCUGCAUGGUCGAUGAUAUCUUCCAGACCCUCACACCCAUAGCCACGGCGUACGCGAGAGCAAGAGGGGCUGAUAGGAUGUCUUCUUUUGGUGACUUCAUUGCCUUAUCUGAAGUUUGUGAUGUUCCUACUGCCAAAAUUAUCUCCAGAGAGGUGUCCGAUGGUAUCAUCGCCCCAGGCUAUGAACAAGAAGCUUUGCAAAUACUUUCCAAAAAGAAGAAAGGGGCCUACUGUGUUCUUCAGAUGGAUCCAUCCUACGAACCAGAUGAGAAUGAGGAGCGCACUCUCUUCGGUCUUCGUUUGAGCCAGAAAAGAAACAAUGGUGUCAUCGACAAGUCAUUAUUUAGCAAUAUUGUUACCAAGAAUAAAGAAUUGCCAGAGUCUGCGCUCCGAGACCUCAUAGUGGGCACUGUGGCUAUCAAGUACACUCAGUCCAACUCCGUGUGCUACGUCAAGAAUGGCCAGGUUAUUGGCAUGGGAGCAGGACAGCAGUCUCGGAUACACUGUACUCGCCUUGCAGGGGAUAAGGCAAACGCUUGGUGGCUUCGGCAUCACCCGCAGGUGCUUUCCAUGAAGUUUAAAGCAGGAGUAAAGAGAGCAGAAAUCACCAAUGCCAUUGACCAGUAUGUUACUGGGACCAUCGGUGAGGAUGAAGACUUGGUAAAGUGGAAGGCACUCUUUGAGGAGGUGCCUGAAUUACUGACCGAGGCCCAGAAGAAGGAGUGGAUUGGCAAACUCCGUGAAGUUGUCGUCAGCUCUGAUGCUUUCUUUCCCUUCAGGGAUAACGUAGACAGAGCUAAAAGGAGCGGUGUGGCCUACAUUGCUGCUCCUUCCGGCUCGGCCGCUGACCAAGUUGUGAUUGAAGCUUGUGACGAGCUGGGGAUAGUCCUUAUUCAUACCAGCCUGCGGCUCUUCCACCACUGAUUCAACCUGCCUUUUGUAGGGGAUUUUGCUGCUGUGUAGGUGAAAAAAAAAAAAACAUAUUUUUUGAUUUUGUUUUUAAGAAAU